AACUAUAUGCAACGUAUGAUGUCGUCUGUGUAUGCCAAAUUCCAAGACAUGACAGUUGAACUUAACGGUUUUGAAGAAAUAGUAUUUAAAAAUCUCGUGACUUCACAUGCUUGUUAUUACAAAAUAGAGAACUGUACCAAACAACCUCUGGACUUGUUUAGAAAAUGGAUGAAAAUUACGGAUCCAGAUAAUGAUAACAUAUUGCCCAAAGAACUGAAAUCAGUUAUUUACUGUCAAGCGAUGAAAUACGGAGGUGAAGACGAAUGGAACUUUUUAUGGGAACGUUAUCAGCGUUCCAAUUCGAACUCUGAAAAAGAUGAUAUGCUUGUAGGAUUAGGAUGUAGUUCAGAGACAUGGUUACUAAACAGAUAUUUGAAUUGGUCACUUGAUAAUUCAACUAUUCGCAUGCAAGACGCUAACGCAGUGUUCAGCGCCAUAGCGUCCAAUGACGUUGGAUUUUCUUUAGCAAAAGACUUUUUGUAUAAUAAUAUUUCUGUUAUAUAUGAAUUCUACCAAUCUUCAGGCAAAUCUGUGGGUAGUUACGUGCAAAUUAUAGGGUAUCAAAUGAAAACUAACGAAGAACUAGAUGAGAUCCAAUCAUUUAUUAAUAAAUCGUCAGGUUAUUUAAAAGGAGCUGAUGUGAUUAUCGUCCAGACAAUAAAGGCUAUUAAGAUGAAAAUUGAAUGGACUUCAAAGUAUUAUGAUAAAAUUGUAAAUUACAUAGUACAAUAAUUAUUAACAAUGUUACGAAUGGGCUUAAAUACAGACUCUUUGAUUAAAAUUGUUACACAAUAUAAU